AUGGAAGUGUACAUCGACGACAUGUUAGUUAAAUCACUCAAAGAGGAAGACUACGUCGCGCAUCUACGGGAAUGCUUCGAACAAUUGAACAAGCACGACAUGAAACUAAACCCGGCGAAGUGCAGGUUUGCGGUCACCUCGGGAGAAUUCCUCGGCUAUCUGGUAACUCACCGAGGCAUAGAAGCAAACCCCAAGCAAAUCAAGGCGCUAAUUGAGAUGCCCUCUCCAAGGACGAAGUGCGAAGUGCAAAGGCUCACAGGUAGAGUCGCCGCGCUAAACAGGUUUAUUUCCCGCUCCACAGACAAGUGCCUGCCCUUCUACGACACCCUCCGAGGAAACAAGAAAUUUGAGUGGGACAAACGGUGCGAGACGGCUUUCCAGGAAUUGAAGAGUUAUCUGGCGAGCCCACCAAUCUUAGCAAAACCAGUCGAAGGAGAGCCACUCUUCCUCUACAUCGCAGUGUCUGCUACAGCUCUAGACACUGACCGACGCCGAGACUCGCUACCCCCAGAUCGAGAAGGUCGCCCUAGCCGUCGUAGUCUCGGCUCGCAAACUGCGGCCGUACUUUCAAUCACAUUCGAUUGUCGGCUCGCCAAGUGGGCGAUAGAGCUAAGCGAAUACGACAUCGAGUAUCGGAAUAGGUCGUCUGCAAAGUCACAGGUGCUCGCAGAUUUCCUCAUUGAACUUCCCGCCGAAGCAACGAACGAGCCGACUCUAGAUGAAGUGUGGACGCUGCACGUCGACGGCUCGUCGUCUAAACACGGCUCGGGAAUAGGAAUCCGCCUCACCUCUCCCACCGGAGAAAUAUUGGAGCAGUCUUUUCGCCUGAACUUCCACGCCUCGAACAACGAAGCAAAAUACGAAGCACUGAUCGCCGGCAUACGACUAGCGCAGGGAAUCGGAGUUCGAAAGAUUAGAACCUUUUGCGACUCACAGCUCGUAGUAUGUCAAUUCAACGGAGAAUACGAGGCGAAGGAUGGACGAAUGGGAGCUUACCUCAGAGUGGUCCGAGAGUUGGUACAAAAGUUAGAUGAGUUCGAACUCACGCGCAUCCUCCGAGGAGAAAACACCUCGGCCGACGCCUUGGCAGCACUCGCCUCGACCUCGGACCCAGACCUCCGACGAACGAUCCUAGUUGAAUUCAUCGAACGUCCUAGCAUUGAAGAGGUGGAAGGAGUUUGGUUGAUAAAUCCUCCCGAACAAGAACCAGAGGACGACAAAGCCAUUCCUAUGGACGAAGACUCUCAACCGGCCGAGCCAGAGUACGGCUGCGACAAAGAAUGGCUCGGAGUUAUCCGAGUGUAUAUCGCCGAUGGAGAGUUGCCAAUUGACAAAUGGGAAGCCCGCAAACUAAAAGCUCAGGCCGCACGAUAUGUCCUCGUCGAUGGCGAGGUGUUUAAAUGGAGAUUUUCAGGGCCUCUCAUGACAUGCACGAGGGUCCCUUACGAGAUAGUCACCGACAACGGAUCCCAGUUCAUCUCAACACGCUUCGAAGCCUUCUGCGAAAAGUGGAAAAACCGCCUCAGCAAAUCUACGCCAAGAUACCCUCAAGGGAACGGACAAGCCGAAGCAGCCAAUAAGACGAUUCUCGACGGUCUGAAAAAAAGGCUCGACGCCAAGAAGGGACCGUGGGCAGACAAACUCGAUGGAGUCUUUUGGUCUCAUCGGACAACUCCGCGCCGAGCCACCGGGGAAACUCCAUUCGCUUUGGUCUACGGAUCGGAGUGCGUAAUUCCCCCGAAGUGGAUUUCCCAGGUAUCCGACGAAGACUUCUACCAGGACAGGAGGGCUUGA